UCCGCUCCGUGGUGGCCAUGGCCGAGCUGGCGGCGGGCGGCGUCCUGGGCGAGCCCCCCUCCGGGGCGGGGGCGGCGGCGGCAGAGACCCCCGCGGGCUCCCCGUUGCCAGGCCCGCCCUGCCGCCGCCUGCGCGCCGCGGAGCCGGUGCUGCUGCUGGCCACGCUGGCCCUGGCCCUGCAGGCGCCGCUUUGCCCGCAGCUGCUCUGGGACCGGCUGGCCGGACGCAACGGCUCCGGCUCCGGCCCCGGCCCGGCAGGAGAACCCGGCGGCUGCCCCAACCACACCGGCUCCGGCCCCCAGGAGCUGGAGACUCUGGUGGCCCACUGGAACCUCUACCUCAACCUGGCUGGCUUUUUUGUGGGGCUCUUCUCAGUGACCCUCUUUGGCCCCUGGAGUGACAGUGUGGGACGCCGGCCAGUGCUGAUCCUGCCCGCACUGGGCAUGGCCCUGCAGGCAGCCAUCUACCUGGUGGUCAUAUACGCUGAGCUGCCCGUGGGGUACCUGUUGGUGGGCCGGGUGCUGAGUGGCCUCUCUGGCGACUACAACCUGAUCCUCGCCGGCUGCUUCGCCUACGUGGCCGACGUCAGUGACCGGACGGCCCGCACUUUCCGGGUGGCCGUCCUGGAGGCCUGUCUGGGCCUGGCGGGCAUGGUGGCAAGCGUGCUGGGUGGGCAGUGGCGCAAGGCGCAGGGCUACGUGGCGCCCUUCUGGAUGGUCUUUGCGGCCAGCCUCGCCGCAGCCCUCUACUCAGCCUUCGUCCUGCAGGAGUCGGUGCCACAGAGGCAGCCGCAGCGGCUUCUCACGCUCCGCCAUUACAAGGCCGUGUAUCGGCUGUAUGCCAGCCCUGCCCGUGGCCAGGCAUGGCGCCAGCUGCUCCUCUACUCGCUGGCCUUCUUUGUGGUGGUGACGGUGCACUUUGGGGCCCGGGAGAUCCUGGUGCUGUAUGAACUCGGCCCCCCACUCUGUUGGCAGUCAGAGCUGAUUGGCUACGGCUCAGCUGCCCAUUACCUGACCUACCUGAGCAGCCUGGCGGGGCUGCGGCUGCUACAGAGGUGCCUGCGGGAUGCCUGGGUGGCCGAGCUGGGCCUGCUCUCCAACGCACUGGGGCUGGUGACCGUGGCGCUGGCGGGGACCACAGCCCUGAUGUUUACAGGUUACGGCCUUCUCUUCCUCUCCAUGACGGUUACUCCCGUGAUCCGCUCCAAGCUCUCCAGAUUGGUUGGCGAGACCGAGCAAGGGGCGCUCUUUGCCGCCGUGGCCUGCGUGGAAGGGCUGUGCUCCCUAGUGGCCACGGGGGUCUUCAGCUCCCUCUUCCCAGCCUGCCUGUCCUUCAUGAAGGGGUUCCCCUUCCUCUUCGGAGCCCUCCUCCUCCUCCUGCCGGCUGCCAUCAUCGGGGGGAUAGAGAUCCAAGAUGGCAGCUCCGGAUACCAGCAUUUUGGUGAUCUUCCUGAGCCACCGCAGGAAGCUGAGCCGUCCCCCCCGACAUGACUGAAGCCGUUGAGCCUCCUGGACACAGAGGAUCCGCCUUCUCCAGGCAGGGACCGAUCGAUCGCAGUCUUCUGGAACCACGACGGAUCAGGGUUGAGGCCUUGGGACUGUGACAAAGGAGUUGUCUUGUGUCUAUGUCUAAACCAGGGGGCUCAACACUUGGCCACUUCAACUCCCAGAAUUCCCCAGACAAUUGUGUAAUUCUGGGAGUUGAAGUCCACAAGUCAGACCCCUGGUCUAAAUUGAUAGGGUCUCCGGGGGUCUGAGACCAGGCAGCCUGCUGAGGUGCUCUUCCAGCUGGUACUUGGCAGAGGGACCCCGAUGCCUCCUGACAGUGGGAGGAAUUUGAGGAUGCUUUGGGGGUCUUCAGAUUUGGCCCUGCCAAGGCUCUUCCUGAUGAGAGGCUGCCAGGACCGAAGCUGAAAAGGGGCUGAAAAGGGGGAAUGACCACUGAGCACCGACCCUCACCCCACUGGGAUUGCUGAGACCUGCAGCCCCCCACCUGGAUUUUCCUGGGGGCCGAGGGACAAUAAAAGGGAAACUGAAGUGAC